AUGAGUUUCAACCUUCCCAUACGGUCCAGUCGAAGUCAGAGGAAUCAGGAUAGUAGAGACCGCUAUUUCGGAAAUUACACUCCUCCUUCAUCGACAGAAGCCAUCAACGGCCCGGUACGCGAGCUCGCCCCUGCCAAUGACCGGCUUAUAGUGGGUGUCGACUUCGGUACCACAUUCUCGGGCGUGGCUGCAGUGUAUACAUCGACCCCAGAUGACGUGGAAAUCAUCAAGACAUGGCCGGGCGGGAAUGGCAUCACCUCAGACAAGGUGCCGACAGAGAUUUCCUAUGAUACGCCUGCCAACGCGCCAACCGGCACAGCGCCCACUAUCAAAUGGGGUUUCCAGUUCAAGCCUGAGGAAUCACGGCUUCGAUGCAUAAAGUUGUUCCUCGACCGGUCACAGAAGCUGCCUUUUUAUGUCAGCCCCCAGGAGACGGCCACACAGUUGCGCAAAUACAACAAGACCGUCGUCGAUGCAGUCAGCGACUAUUUGACCCAAGUCUACAAACACACCAUGGACACACUGACGCGCAGGUAUGGCGAGUCGUUCAUGGCUUCCACCAAGGUCGAAUUCGUGCUCACGUGCCCAGCUGUGUGGUCCGACGCCGCUAAAAACACGACCUUGCAGGCUGCCGAAAGGGCUGGUAUGGGAGCCAAAUCGGACAUUCAGAUGAUUAGUGAACCCGAAGCCGCCGCCGUUUAUACUCUGAAGGCCAUACAACCGAACCAUUUGAAUGUGGGAGAUAACUUCAUCGUUUGUGAUGCCGGCGGUGGUACGGUAGAUUUAAUCGCUUACAAGAUUGUGUCACUGAAACCACUGAGGGUCGAGGAGUCCGCUGUUGGUACUGGUGGCUUGUGCGGCAGCGCAUUCUUAAACUACAGAUUUGAAGAGCAUGUCCGGAGUCGUCUCGGUGUCAGCCGUUUUGAUGAAAUGAAGAUGAAAAAGGGGAAGACAUGGCAAAUGGGUCUUCGAUACUUUGAAGAAUUUGUGAAACGAAACUUCAAUGAGGAGGAGUACCAAGAAGUCAAUGUUCCCUUUCCCGGUCUCCCUGACGAUGAAGACGCCGGCCUUGACUCAGGCUUUCUCGUUCUUACAGCUGCGCAGAUCAAAGAGAUUUUCGAGCCCGUGGUGAAAGAAGUAUGCGAUCUUGUACAGGGUCAAGUCAACACUGUACGCAGCAAAGGCGGUAUAGUUUCAGGUAUCGUAUUGGUUGGUGGUUUUGGCCAAAGCGACUAUCUGUACCGUCGCAUGAAAGCACAUUUUACUAGUGCAGCUCCUCCUCCAUAUACCGAGCGGCCGACACAUACAAGUGGUGGUGCGAUAGCCGAAAAUGGUAGCAUCGAGGUCAUGCAGCCUGUGUAUGCAUGGACGGCCGUAGUGCGCGGCGCCGUGUUGAGGGGCUUGGAGGGCAACAUGGUCAUCUCGCGCAAAUCGCGGAUGCAUUAUGGUACUAGUUAUGCGACCGUGUAUGACGAGGAGAAGCACAGCGUCUCUGAGAGAUACUGGUCACCACUUUGGGAACGGUGGAUGGUUUCGGACCGCAUGCAGUGGCACAUUGCAAAGGUGAGUACACUGUGUUACGAUGCACACUUGUGGAAAUAUGGAGAGGCUAUGUCACCCUUGUCGCCUAUAGCAUUCCACUACACUCGAAACUUCAGGCCGGGCCAAUCGCUUAUUGUGACGGAUGAUCUCAUAGGGUGCGAAGCAGAUGAGCCACCAGCAGCGUACGGACGGGAGCUUGUCCACGUAUGUACCCUAACAACGGAUCUCAGUGCUGUACCCAGAAGCCUAUUUACUCGUCUUACCACUACAAGGGGUGUCGAGUUUGAUAAUCUGGAUUUCACGCUCGAGAUGAUCGUCGAUAGCGCUGGUCUCGGGUUUGAGCUCAAGGUUGACGGGGUCAGGUAUGGCAGAGUGGAGGCAGAGUUCCAUUGA